AUGGAUACAUUACAUGAGGAUAUCUUCCGAGAUAUCGAUAACGACGGCGAGGCUGACCUGUACAACGAAGAGCCUGAGUCAUCUUGUACAAAACCCAGAAGAAAAUGUGCACGAUGCCAGGAGCUUGGAAGACGCUGUCGUCGCUGUCGAAACUAUUGUUCCAAGUCAUCGCUCGAGUUAGUCCUGUGGUCUAAAACUUCGCAAAGACAAGCUUCAAUCGAAGAAAUGCCAUCGGAGCCCACCAGAACCAUCAGGGACACACCAACAAGGACAAGGCCUGAAGAAGCCGCCCAUGGCACUAGAACGAUCUACUCAGAGAGGACUUACACCUCUCAUACUACCUAUCACAGUGAAUAUGAUUCAUUGUCCAGCAUCAUGAGCAGGUCGGAUUGUCGUCGUGCCUCCCGCCGACGCAGGAGAAGCUAUACUCGCAGUCGAUCUCGUCAUCGAUCUUAUCGCUAUGCAGAAGAAAUCCGGAGUCCAACUUAUCAUCGAUCAGAUGUACAAUUUGAGGUUGCUAAAACUUCCAUCGGCUGGAAAUUACUCUCGACAAAAUGCCAUGUUGAGAAGUUUGAGAGUUGUCAUUCUAUCCACUACCAUGAGCAUCGACACUUCGCAGAACCAGUCACAUAUCAUUCGCACUGCAGAACUUGUAGAUGGCUACCUACCGAGGAUAUCGUAUUCGAAAAUGUUAGGGUGACGUACAUCAAGAAAGCGCCACAUCGCGGAUAUGCUGAAGAGGUCUGGUCGGCCAUGAUCGGGGAGCCACUGCCAAUGCCAGGAUCAGUGAUCCGCAGCACCUGGCGUCACUCAGGACCACUGAGGGUACGACGAGACCGGAUAUCUGGCCCUGGGAGGCUAAUGGAUUGUGUAUUCGACCCUUCUGACUGCAAUCUGAGCCUGGAGGACAUUGUCAACUACUUGUACGAAGUGGGCAAAUCGGUGUAUUAUACACUGCGGUACCGCAUCUUUGGUAUAUACCCGGCUGGAGAUAAGUCGCACGAGCUUGAUUGA